AUGUUGCAGAUCUUCUCCUAUCUCAGCUCCGAAGUGGACUGGUGUGAAGCCAACUUUGAGCGCUCCGAAUAUAUUGCUGAAUAUUACAACUCGAUCAGCAACGUGGCCUUUUUCAUCUUGUCCCCCUUGUUGUUGUGGCUCAACACCGAUUAUAUCGCCUAUCGCGCCCUGCCGAUUCGGGGCUUCGUCAUCUUGCAGGUGUUUAUUGGCAUCUUCUCCUUCUACUACCACAUGACCCUGAGCUAUGCCGGGCAGCUGCUGGACGAGCUGUCCAUCCUCUGGACGCUCUGCAUCUCCUACGGCUUCUGGUUGCCCGUCCGCUACUUCCCCUCCUUCAUCAAGAACAGGCACGUCUUCAUCAACAUGGCCCUCCUCUACUACGUCAGCCUCAUACUCUUCUUCGACGUCUACAACGACCUGCCCAGCAGCGAGCCCUCCAUGGAGUACUGGCCAAGCAGCAGCUUCCCCCUGGCGCUGCCCUACAUCGUGAUCCGGAAGCCCGUGAAGUGGUGCUAG